UUCUUAGGUUAAAAUACUCGUAUAUAAAGUCAAUUCAUGUCAUAAUUACCUUUUCUUUAGGAACCCCUUUUACUUUAGAAAAAAACUAGUGUUUAUGUUCUUUCCUGUCAGUUUUACGAGUAUAAUAAUAAUAUGUACCUAAUUGAUUUAAUUAAUGUAUUCUCUGUUAUUCCAUAUUAUGUUAUGUAAUUUCUUAUAUUGGUAUAUGCGAAAAUAAGAACAAAAGAUAAUAAUUAAUAGCCUGCCUACAAACAGCCAGUACAAAAUGUGCCUACAGUAUGAAUUCAGAAGAAAUGUGCAAACGUGUACCUAAAUAAAACAUUAAAUAUAGAAUACAUCAUAUAUAAAUCUACUACUAAAACCUUUGCACCUACUACAUAUUUUUUAUUUGUAAUUUUUUGACAAACAAAACAAAAUUUUCUGAGAUUCAAGUUUUAAGAUUUAUAUCUUUUGAGCCUUAGUUACUUUAUAACUUUAAUAUUUUGAUAUAUGAACGUUUUCAGCCACAUGUGUUAAUUUGAGACUUAUUGGUUUCGAGCGUAAAUCAAAUUGAGAAUGUCCUUUUGUUGCUUAACUUAUUAAUGAAUAAUAUGCCUUUUAAUCUUUGUUACUAAAAUCUAUGAACUUUCGAAAUAUCUACAUCUUUACUAGGUAGGUGAAUUAAACACCAUUUAUAAUACCAGAAAGAAACGAUACAAAAUAAAUUAUGUUAAAUAUUCAAAUAUAUUCUCUUGAUAAUUGUUCUUUAUUUUAUAGCGUAUUUAAUGAAUGAUACAAUUGCGAAACUAAUGGUUUGAAAACCAUUCUGCUGUGAACUGAACCGAAAGAAAUGUUUUGACGUCCUUCACGUGCCUUUAUAAAAACACUUUUGAGCAUAACCAUAUCAGACAAAUGAGAUUGUUCUUCAAAUAAGGACUAAGAAUGUUGAUGUGAUUUUAUUUUAUAAAUUACCUAAAUUAUUUUCAUUCUACUGUACAAUUAGGAAAUCCCAAAAUGGUUUCAAAUCGAUCGGAACUCAGUAUAAGAAAAGUGCUAUUAGUAUUCUGGUGUUCGAUAGUGUUAAUGGCAGAGUCAAGUUUCAGUGCUCGUUGUAAACUCAGGAAGUAUACACAUGAAGCUAUUCAAACAGAUCUCAACGGAAGGCGAUGCUGGGAUGAUGUCAAAAUAUUAGGAUGUUGGGGAUAUUGCCUGUCACAUGAGAUUUCAGACUGGCAGUUCCCGUACAAGGAAUCAUUUCAUCCUGUUUGUGUACAUAGUGAGAGAAAGCACGCAUCUGCGAAACUUCGACACUGCGAUCCUGGAGUGGAGCCAGGCACUGAAAUUUACCAUUAUGUUGAAGCAUCUAGUUGCAAAUGUCAGGUUUGUUCUUCAGAAGAUACGAGUUGUGAAUGGUUACCACCAGAUUCAUCACUGCUCGGUGGCCUCAUUUUAAAAAAGGAAUUGGAAGAAGAAUUAGACUGAUUUACUAGAAAAGAUAGACUCAUUUUUAAUACCUGUGUAUCUAUUUUGUAAUCAACUUAAUUCCGCUACAUCGCAAGUUAUACUUAAGUCUUAAUAAUAAUAAUAAUAAUAAAAAUCUGAAAAAUAAA